UUUACGCAUGCGUGAUUAUCUUCGUAGCACACUUCAAAGGAUUCGAUACGCUGAUUAUUUGCCUUUUAAUUGCAGGAACAAUAGCAAUUGCAAUGUUGACACUAAUGUUAUUGCUUUUACAACACUUAUUUCUAUUCGCUCACAAAGUUUGAGAAACACAAAUGGAGCACUUGUCACUAAAAUUCAUGUGUAACACAACUUCACAUAACUCCCACACGCAACAAAACUACAGAGAUGAGUAAUUUUCUAGUUCAUUGUAUUCUGUCCAGGAAUUGGUAUUAGGUUGUAAAUAAGACGGUCUAAAAUGGCUAAUAGGACGCAACAAGUCCGACAGGUUGCACGACCAAGGAAACGUGCACAGCCCCCAGUUUUUGGUGGAGUUACCGGUUCAUAUGAGGACAAGGACAGUGAUUAUUUAUGUCCCAUUUGUUUUGACAUUAUCGAUGAGGCACACAUGACAAAGUGUGGUCACACAUUCUGCUUUAAGUGUAUAAAAACCAGCCUUGACACAGCAAACAGAUGUCCGAAGUGUAAUUUUGUGAUAGAAAGUCCUGAUCUCAUUUUUCCCAAUUUCAUGUUGAACGAGUUGAUUCAGAAACACAGAAACAGGCCGGAAGAAAAACGGAUCAGAUUAGACCACCAAAAUGUUCCAGGCUCCUUAGACCUGGCUGAGCUUGUUAUGGAAGAGACCAUGGAUCUAACUAAUGUGAACACACUGUUGGAACUUCUGCACAACAAGAAGAAACAGCUUGAAGACGAUGGUCGUCUUGCACAGAACAUGGUUCUUAAAGAUUUCUUAGAGCAGGUCAGACAGCGAAAACAGGAGCAACUGGAUCAGCUGUCCAAGGAGAUCAGCAUAUUGGAUGAGGACGUGGACACUGUGAAAGAAAGAAUCAAUGAGCACAGAGAAAAAUACCCAUACCUUCCAGACCACCUGGUGCCCAACAGUAUCGACUCCUCACAACCCAGUAGUAGUGUGGCAUCAUGCAGUCAGGACGGCUUCAAUGGCAGUAAAAAUUCUGGCAAAAUCUGGUUACAGACAUCUUUAGCAUCACGACGGAAAAAGGUGGCCCAGCAUUUUGAUGAUCUCCAACAGUGCUAUUUCAACAUCAGAAAUGACAUGUACUCAGGUGACAUGGAGACUGGUGCAGGGCUGGAUGAGUUCACUGAGAGCCUUUCAAAGUUCACCCACUUCAGUUCUUUUAGGCCUUUAGCCACUCUCAGCUAUACCAGCGACCUCUACUCUAACUCCAGCAUCGUGUCUAGCAUUGAGUUUGACAGAGACUGUGAUUUCUUUGCGAUUGCGGGCGUAACCAAGAAGAUCAAGGUGUUUGAGUAUGGCACCGUGAUUAAGGAUGUGGUGGACAUACACUACCCCAUCGGAGAGAUGACCUGCAGCUCAAAGAUCAGUUGUGUGACGUGGAGUGCCUACCACAAAAACCUCCUAGCCAGUGCGGACUAUGAGGGCUCCAUCACCCUGUGGGACGCUUUCACCAUGCAGAAAACAAGAGUCUUUCAGGAACAUGAGAAGCGAUGCUGGAGUGUGGAUUUCAACAGAAUGGACCCAAAGGUGAUAGCGUCAGGCUCUGAUGACUCAAAAGUCAAGCUGUGGUCCACCCAACAGGAGAACUCCACCAUGUGUCUGGAGACAAAGGCCAACGUGUGCUGUGUCAAGUUCAAUCCUGACAGUAGACACCACCUUGCUUUUGGAUCUGCAGAUCAUUGCGUGCACUACUAUGACAUCCGCAACCACAAGCAGCCUGUGAUGGUGUUCAGAGGCCACAAAAAGGCCGUGUCUUACACCAAGUUCCUCAAUUACUCAGAACUAGUCUCAGCAUCCACAGACAGCCAGUUGAAGUUGUGGAGCACAAGUAAACCUACCUCAGUCCGCACAUUUAACGGACACAUCAACGAGAAAAACUUUGUCGGCCUGGCAACAGACGGCGACUAUGUGGCUUGUGGAAGUGAGAACAACUCUCUCUAUGUGUACUACAAGGGACUCUCCAAGCAGCUGCUCACCUACAAGUUUGACACCGUGAAAAGUGUCCUGGAGAAGGAUAAGAAAGAGGAUGAUUCCAAUGAGUUUGUCAGCGCUGUUGCCUGGCGACCAGGAUCCAAUGUAGUAGUUGCAGCAAAUAGUCAAGGAACAGUAAAGGUUCUGGAGCUUGUAUGACGUAUAUGAUGAUGCCCUGUGACCUCAAGCAACAGUGGACCUCAGAAUAAUGUGAAAAUGAUUCCGCCAUCAUGCUUGGACCUCGACCUUUUUAGGAUUCCAAAUAAAUGUAUCUACCUUUCUAACUUCAUGCCCGGCUAUAAUUGACUUGCAACUGACCUAUGCAAAUUUCACAUGAUUUCUCUUUGCUGAGUACUAGUAUUUGAGAUCAAAUUUAAGAUUGUUAAAAUAGUGAAUGUUUUACAUGAGCCAGAAUAAAGAGACAGACACAUGAACAAGCGGUGGAUACUGUAAUCAGCAACAUGGAAAUGUGAUUUCCAUGCAUUGGCCUUGUCUAUGGAUAGACAUAGAUAGGCUUACUGUGGAUAGACUGUAUUGACUUGAUUUUUCUUUGUGACAUGUUUAAGUUGAUAAAAAACUUCAGAAAAAGUACUUAAGAAACUAAAAAGGACUUAAGAAAAAGUAGUUCAAACAGUCUAUGUUAGGAUAUUUGCAAUUAAAAUAACUUUAUAGUAAUGCUAGUACAUGUAAUGUGUUUGAACCUGGAGAAUAACGCAAGAAAUAAAUCAGGUUUUAAAAAGGAUUGAACAUCUGUGUAAAGUAUUUGUUGGAAUGUUGUAAAACAGUUCCAUU